UACUAAAAAGACUGGAAAGUUAGAAUGGUUGAUACUCUUACAUAACGAGUCCCUCUCCCCCGCCCCUUCUUCUCUAUGCAUUCAGUCCCGUCCUGCCCUCUCCCCUAACCAUUGUUUUUAUGAAGUUGGACGACAUGCUUCUUUAAUGUAUUCCACUUCUUCAUAUAAUUAUAGACUUUACCAGGAUACUCCAAUUAAAGAAAAGAAUAGUAAUUUUUUACCGAAUGCUUACGAACCGAGUUUUGAAUCAAGAACAGAAAAUAACGCAGCUAAUAUUUUGACGGAUGGAGUAUUCUCUCAUGUUACUACUACCCUGAAAAAAGAAGGUUAUGAACUUGGACAGUUUAGAGGAAAAGGGACUUCUGGAAAGGUUUUUGAAGCAUGGUCUAACAAAGUGAAUUCCUUGGUGGCCGUCAAGAUGCUUGACAAAAAAAAACUGAGUCGUCAAACGGAGAGGCGAAUAAGAGACGAAGCUUUAAUACAUACUCGUUUAGAGCAUCCCACCAUCUUAAAAGUUUUUGAAUCGUUUGAGGAUCGAUAUUACGUUUAUCUAAUACUUGAACUUUGUGAAAUGGAACUUGAAAAACUAGUCAGAGAGAGGAAUGGUUUGUCUAUAUUAGAGAGUCAAAGAAUCUUUUCUGAGAUUGUUAGCGGACUGCAUUAUUUGCACCACCACAAGAUUGCCCAUCGCGACUUAAAAAUGGCAAAUAUACUUUUGACUAAAAAGAUGCACGUGAAGAUUGCAGAUUUUGGGCUGGCCACGUGGGAGAGACCUUCCGUUCACGGCCGGAGCACGUGUGGGACUGUAUGCGGGACUCCCCGCUACAUCGCACCGGAAGUCGUACGAGGAGGGCCGUACCAGCCGCUCCCGGUCGAUAUCUGGUCUUUGGGAUGCAUCCUCUCUGCUAUGCUCACCGGCACCUCCUUGUUUCACACGCAGCCAUUGGAUAAUAACGUGGCUUUGCCACGCGACCUUCCUUCGAGCGCCCGAGACCUUCUCCGGCUGCUCCUGCAAACUGAUCCCGCCAAGCGCCCUUCGACUUCUCAAAUUCUAAAUCACGCAUUUUUAAGAAACCAAGCACUAUUAAAAUAUAUAAAGCCGCUUUGUGUGGCCCGCCUGCGACCUAUUACGAAGAGAGUAUCCAAUCGCAUACUAAGUAUCGGCCCUUUGGGGCCUAAUGAGAGCGUGGUCAGAAUUGAGUUUCUAAGUAGUGAUUCGCUUGUUUGCGGUUCCUUUCAAGUUUCUGAGGACGGAAUGGAAGUUACUGUUCAGAAAAAAGCGUGCGACGUGUAUCGGCUUGAAAGUCUUCCUGAAAAGUAUCACAAGCUUUACGAAUAUGCCCGCAGCUUUGUUGAGCUUGUACGCUCUAAGACUCCAAAGGUCACUUUUUACACCGACAAGGCGCGAUGCAUGUUGAUGGAAACGUUGGCCCACUUUGAGUGCAAGUUCUACGAGAGUGACUUCAAAUUCUCGUUGGACUGGCGGGAAGAGCCGGGCGCUUUCUUCGUGAAAGUCGUUAAUCGAACAGGAAUCACGUGCUUUCAGGGAGAGGUGUCUUCUGUCAGCGGCGUCCGGCUUCCGGUGGAGCUCGAGCGCCAGAAGGACAUGUACCCCCACGCUCGCGAAAACUUUUUUGCAAGCCUCGAGAUGGAAAAAAAACUUGUUGAACUUGAGAAAGAGAAAAACUUUCCACCGCUCUUCCCAGCAGUGUUUUCUCGCCGGAGAGAACUGUCCGUUUGGAAUCAUGGGGUCCAACCUCUAUCCGGCAAGCAGGGCAGCCGCUUCUCUCAAUUCCCUUUGGCCAACGACUUUUCGCGAAGUUAUUCUACACUGCCUCCUGUUUCUUGCGUGUCUCAAAGUCGCGACCGUCAGCGGCGGACUUUCAUUGCUGGAGUUGGUUGGGGUGAAAUGUUCGGGGCCAUUCUGCACUUGUUAUUUUUGGACGGCCACCAGCUUACCUUUGGGUCGACUGGGAAGGAAGUGACCCACGUGGCCCCCUCCGGCGACUCUCAAACCUAUCAAAUCGGAUUGAACUCUAUAGUCCCACCGAAAGUUAAAGAAAAACUUGAAUACGUAUAUUCAAUAUAUCACUUAAGUCCAACACUUUAUAGAACUGCUGAAACUUGAAGAAUAAUAUUUAACCGUUAAAAGCUUUAAGAAUCGAUUGAUAAACGGAAUGAUUUGUAAUCAUAAACGUUUAGGUAAACUUAACUUUAUUA